CCUGACUGCCGCCUCGCCCUGCUCCUCCCGCUCCUCCUCCUGCCGCCGCCGCCGCUUCCUUCACUGCUUCUUCUUCACAGGAGACCGACAGGGACCGUCCGGGGCCACAGCCGCACAGAGUCUAUUGAGAGAUUGAGAGUCCUUCUCAUAAACUGUUAAAAGCGUCUUCAGAUUGAAGAAAAAACUAAUCUAAUAAAGAAGUAUCCUAUAUUCAGGAGGGUGUUGCCUGACCGUGACACUCUUAUGCACACCAGCACCCCGAUCAGUUCCUUGUUCUCCUUCACUAGCCCUGCUGUUAAGCGGCUGCUCGGCUGGAAGCAAGGAGAUGAGGAGGAAAAAUGGGCAGAAAAAGCAGUGGAUUCACUGGUGAAGAAGCUGAAGAAGAAGAAGGGUGCAAUGGAAGAUCUUGAGAAGGCGCUAAGUUCCCCAGGACAGCUUAGUAAAUGCGUCACUAUUCCAAGAUCACUGGACGGGAGACUGCAGGUGUCACAUCGAAAGGGUCUUCCACAUGUCAUCUACUGUAGGGUCUGGAGGUGGCCGGAUCUUCAGUCACAUCAUGAGUUAAAACCACUUGAAUGCUGCGAGUUUCCUUUUGGAUCAAAACAGAAGGAUGUAUGCAUAAAUCCUUACCAUUACCGAAGGGUGGAAACUCCAGUUCUUCCACCUGUACUGGUUCCCAGGCAUAGUGAGUUUAAUACAGAUCUCAGUCUGCUGGCCAAGUUUCGAAAUACGUCCCUCAACAACGAACCACUGAUGCCUCACAAUGCCACCUUCCCUGAGUCAUUUCAGCAGCCGGUGUGCACUCCGUUCUCGUCCUCCCCCAACAAUAUCUUCCACCACUCGCCGAACACUAUUGGCUACCCCGAUUCCCCCAGAAGUUCUUCUGAACCAGGAAGCCCUUACCAGAUCACAGAUACCCCACCACCACCGUACAACCCACCAGAGGUUCAUGGGAACCAAAACAGAAACUCAGGGGACUCAACUGAAUGUCAAUUAGUUUUACCAGCUACAAUCAGAGAUUUCCGUCCUGUGUGCUAUGAAGAACCACUGCACUGGUGUUCUGUUGCCUAUUACGAGCUCAACAAUCGCGUGGGGGAGACAUUCCAGGCAUCGUCCCGCAGCGUACUCAUCGAUGGGUUCACAGACCCCUCUAAUAACAAGAACAGGUUUUGUUUAGGACUUUUAUCCAAUGUCAACCGAAACUCCACUAUUGAAAACACCCGCCGGCACAUCGGCAAAGGGGUCCAUCUGUAUUAUGUCGGGGGAGAGGUCUAUGCAGAAUGUCUAAGUGACAGCAGCAUAUUUGUACAAAGUCGCAACUGUAAUUACCAGCAUGGCUUCCACCCGGCAACUGUCUGCAAGAUCCCAAGCGGCUGCAGCUUGAAGAUAUUCAAUAACCAGCUGUUCGCUCAGCUCCUCUCACAGUCGGUGAACCAAGGUUUUGAAGUGGUGUACGAGCUUACCAAAAUGUGCACCAUACGGAUGAGCUUUGUAAAGGGUUGGGGAGCAGAGUAUCACCGUCAAGAUGUCACAAGCACACCUUGCUGGAUUGAGAUCCAUCUUCACGGUCCUUUGCAAUGGCUGGACAAGGUUCUGACUCAGAUGGGCUCCCCCCAUAAUCCCAUCUCCUCUGUAUCAUAAUACAAAUAUCUGAGUGCUAUUGCAGGCAGUGGCUUAAAGAAUAUCUUUCUUUUUUUAAGAAUUAUUUGUAAUGUACAUAGUUAUAUUCCGGUCUGUGUACUGUGGCUUUUACUGUGUAACAUAAAACGAGCGCUGAUGAUUUUCAUAUCAUCUACAGACAUAUUUCUCUUAAGGAAACACUUCACCCUUAACUCACUUGAUUUCUAAAUUGCCUCUUACAGAAACCUGAUGCACUUAAAUACGGUACACCAUUCAAUGAUUUUAUGAAUUUCAUUUAUUUUCUUAUUUUUUUUUAUAUAAAUAUGUUCUUCGUUGAUGACGGGACUCAGGAUUGGUUUUAAGAGUUAUUUUUUUUUUAUAUUUGUGUCUUGUGAAUUUAAUUAGGAAAAGGAAUGGAAAAAAAAUAAUCUUUUAACAAAUUUGCAUUUCUUGUAGCAAUAUAUACACGUGUCUUUAAAGAUGUUUGAAACUUAGAUGAUUUUGUUUCUCUCUGGCUUGGUAUUACUUUUGCCAGAUAUGAUAUCAUAUGGCAAAGUAAUUUGUUAUAAUAAAUGAUACUUUGCUGGGAGGUACAGGGACGGCCCAGAAAAGAAGAAAAAAAUGCAUAAAUACUAAAUAAACGAAAUAAAUGAGAACAGAUUAAAGAGUGAAAAACCUCUUUAAUGUGGCCCUGACUGAGAAUGAAAUGGAUGAUCAUUUUCUAUUGAAUUCAGGUAUGGCUGAGUUUUUAAGAGGCAGCACUUCCCCAAACUUACGCCGACAUUCAGAUAAUUAUAUAGGCGUGGGUCUGAGCCCAGAUAUUUAUCACGAUAUGGCAGUGAGGACAGAUAAUUAUCAGGACAUGGGUCUGAGCCCAGAUAUUUAUCACGAUAUAGCAGUGAGGACAGAUAAUUAUCAGGACAUGGGUCUGAGCCCAGAUAUUUAUCACGAUAUGGCAGUGAGGACAGAUAAUUAUCAGGACAUGGGUCUGAGCCCAGAUAUUUAUCACGAUAUGGCAGUGAGGACAGAUAAUUAUCAGGACAUGGGUCUGAGCCCAGAUAUUGAUCACGAUAUGGCAGUGAGGACAGAUAAUUAUCAGGACAUGGGUCUGAGCCCAGAUAUUUAUCACGAUAUGGCAGUGAGGACAGAUAAUUA